AUGUUCAUUAAAAACGACCACGCUGGUGACAGAUCUCGUCUAGAAGACUGGAGAAUCAAGGGUUACGAUCCAUUGACCCCUCCAGAUUUAUUACAACAUGAAUUCCCAAUUUCUGAAAAGGGUAAAAAAAUAAUUGUUGACGCCAGAGAAGAUGUUUGCAAAGUUUUGAAUGGUGCUGAUGACCGUAUGGUCAUCGUUAUUGGUCCAUGUUCCAUUCACGAUCCAAAGGCUGCUUAUGAAUACUGUGACAAAUUAGCUAAUAUUUCCAAGAAACUGGAUAAGGAUCUUUUGAUCAUUAUGAGAGCAUACUUAGAAAAACCAAGAACUACUGUCGGCUGGAAGGGUUUAAUCAAUGAUCCAGAUAUCGAUAACUCUUUCCAAAUCAACAAGGGUCUCCGGGUCUCUAGAGAGAUGUUCACCAAAUUGGUUGAAAAGCUUCCAAUUGCUGGUGAAAUGUUGGAUACCAUCUCUCCACAAUUCUUAAGUGAUUGUUUCUCUCUAGGUGCUAUUGGUGCAAGAACCACCGAAUCUCAAUUACACAGAGAAUUGGCUUCAGGUCUAUCUUUCCCAAUAGGUUUCAAGAACGGUACCGAUGGUGGUCUACAAGUUGCUGUUGACGCCAUGAGAGCCGCUGCCCAUGACCAUUACUUCCUAUCCGUCACGAAACCUGGUAUUACAGCUAUUGUUGGUACCGAAGGUAAUGAAGAUACUUUCGUUAUCCUGAGAGGUGGUAAGAACGGCACUAACUUCGACCCAGAGAAUGUUAAACUUGCUAAGGAACAACUAGCGAAGGCUAACUUGAUUGAUCCAACUGACGAUGGCAAAAAGAGAAGAAUAAUGAUUGACUGUUCUCACGGUAACAGUAAUAAGGAUUACAGAAACCAGCCAAAGGUUGCACAAUCUAUUUACGAACAAUUAACUGCUGGUGAAGACGCUCUAUGUGGUGUAAUGAUCGAAUCCAAUUUGGUAGAAGGUAGACAAGAUGUUCCACCAGAAGGUGGCAGAGAAGGUCUAAAAUACGGUUGUUCUAUCACCGAUGCUUGUAUCGGUUGGGAUAGUACCGAACAAGUUCUAGAACUGUUAGCUGAAGGUGUCAGAAACAGAAGAAAGACCCAUCAAAAAUAA